GAAGAGGACUUUGAAGACGAUGAAAGCGAGUUCCCGUCUUUGAACGUGUUGGCGCAACACGCCGUGGCGAAAUUCAUCGAACCGAGAAACGUGUUGAAUGUUGUGCAGCUCGCCGAUCAAAUUAACGCCGUGGCGCUGAAGCGGUUCGCCAUCGAGUACGCGGUGAAGAACCUCGACGUCGUUUUGUUGGAAACACCGAAGGCGAGUUUCGAUUCGCUCGAGGAGGAGACUUUGGAGGACAUCACCCAGGUACUGCGUUCGGGCGAUGUCGUCGGCGGUCGUCCUGGCGUACUCCGGUGGCCUGGACACGUCCAUCAUCCUGAAGUGGUUGCAAGACACGUACGGGUGCGAAGUCGUGACGUUUACGGCGGACCUGGGGCAGGGAGAAGAACUCGAACCGGCGCGCGCGAAAGCGGCGCAAUUCGGUGUCAAGGAAAUAUUCGUGGAUGAUUUGCGAGAGGAGUUCGUGCGGGACUACGUGUUCCCGAUGUUUCGAGCGAACGCGUUGUACGAAGGGACGUAUCUGCUGGGGACGUCCAUCGCGCGACCGCUCAUCGCGAAGAGACAGAUUGAAAUUGCGAAGCAAGUUGGCGCCGAUGCGGUGUGCCACGGGGCGACUGGGAAAGGGAACGAUCAAGUUCGAUUCGAGCUCGGAUAUUACGGCUUGAAGCCGGACGUCAAGGUGAUCGCGCCGUGGAGAGAAUGGGAUUUGAACUCGCGAACCAAGUUGUUGGCGUACGCCGACGAGGCGGGGAUCCCGGUGGCGCAAUCGAAGCGUCAAGACGCUCCGUACUCCACCGAUGCCAACUUGUUGCACAUUUCUUACGAAGGCAACGCUUUGGAGGAUCCGUGGGUUGAAUACUCGGAAGAUAUGUUCACGCGAUCGGUGAGCCCGGAGAACGCCCCGGAUAAGCCGACGUACAUUGAAGUCGAGUUCGAAAAGGGUGACCCGGUGGCCAUCGAUGGCGUGAAAUACUCCCCGGCCGAUAUGCUCGCCAAGCUCAACCAGCUCGGUGGCGACAACGGCAUUGGGCGCUUGGAUAUUGUUGAAUCUCGCUUUGUCGGCAUGAAGUCGCGAGGCGUGUACGAGACGCCCGGUGGGACGAUUUUGCUCGCCGUCCGCCGCGCGCUCGAAACCAUCUGCCUCGAUCGCGGUGAGAUGCACUACAAGGAUCAAAUGAUGCCGCAAUACGCUGAACUCAUCUACAACGGUUUCUGGUUCUCCCCGGAACGCGAAAUGAUGCAAGCCGCCAUCGACACGUGCUCCGAAAGCGUCACCGGUACGGUGCGCGCCAAACUCUACAAGGGCAACGUCAUCGUCGUCGGUCGCAAGGCUGCCAACACUCUCUACGACGAUCGUCUCUCCACGUUCGAAGAAGACGGUGGUGCGUACGACCAAAAGGACGCUGCUGGUUUUAUCAAGCUUCAAGCGCUUCGCUUGCGCACCCUCAAGGUUGCUCGGGAAAAGAAGUAAACGC